GUUUUUUAAAAUUAUUUUUCUACUCAGCGCAUGCAUCCUCUGGAAUACGAAAGAUAUACGUCUUUGAAAAGACCAUAUGCACAACAAACAGAGCUGCUGCCAAUGUUUCAACCGAUUUUAACCCAGCCAACACUGCCCGAUAUGGAUCUACAACAGUCUGUUGUGUCAACGAUUAAAAGUGAAGAUUUGGAGUUUGUUGACGUGAAUCAGGAUGAAAUGCCCGGUGAAACUUGGGACAGUUUUGAAUCGUCAGACUUUUAUGAGAAUUUGGAUAAUCAUCAGCCACAUGCCGAGACAGCAGCUUCGUCAACAACCAAGACAAUUCCACCAAAGUGGACCGAGAUUUACGAGUCGGGUUCGAACAACGAUGCCAUGUACGGUGGAGACAGUAAUGACGAAUCGAAUGAGUACAGUGACAGUAGAAUGUACCAUGACAGCAGAAGGCCACCGCUACUGUUUCGCGGUGGAUUUUUCCGGUUUCUUAAAAGAGACGGCGUUUCAGUGAGAGCAGAGUGCUUGAACUGUAGACAUGGCAAUGUUUACAGUGGCCACAUGUGGUCUAGCUCGAAUUUUAUCAAACAUUUAAGCCGAAUGCAUCCUAAAGACUACGAGCGAUUUUUGGCCAUGAAAGCAGAUGAAAAAUCGUCGAAUCAUCACGAUCGCAAUGAAAGUCAAGCUAACCAGGCGUCCAAAUUUAAUCAAAAAGACUUCGAUCGAAUUGUAUUAAAUUUCAUGAUCAGUGGCAUGCACUCGCCCAAUUUACUCACAGAUCCAUCAUUUUCAACGCUACUUAAUGACAUUGCAUCACAACGCACAACAGCAGAGUCGUCGACAAAACCGUACCAAAUAAUCUCGCCAUCGGUACUAGUUGGAGAAAUUGAUGAGCGCCUUUCUGUGAAAAGAGAAUAUUUAAUAGCAUCGCUAAAAGCCGUGUCGAGUGUAUCAACAGCGAUUGAUGUUUGGACGGUGCGUCAGAAGACCUUUAUGUCGGUCAUAGUAAAUUGGAUUGAUUCGAAGGAUUUUCAACGAGUGUCGAAUGUGAUUGGUUGUGAAAUAUUCAACGGUUCCGAAACAACUCAAUCUCUUUUUGAGCGGCUGCAGAAAAUUUACUGUGAAUAUGACCUCAGUAAUAAAAUUGUUGCUUCGGUCACAAACAAUAAUCCGCAAUAUGAAACGGAUGCCGCUGGGAAUGAAGUGAAAUAUUUGCAAAUUAAUGGUUUGUCGAUGCAUAUAAAAAGUCCAACACAUUUAUUCGAAUUGAUUGGUCUGGAAGGAUCUCACAAGGCACUAAAUGACGAGCAAUACGCUGCGAUUCACAGUUCAGCCUUCACUAAAUUCAAUGCAUUAGUUGAACAUGCCAAAGGUCAGAGUGUAUCCGAAAAAUCUGCAUCGAUUUUAAAUGCAAUAUUCAAUCAUCCGUCGAUCGGGUCAAAAGUCAUUGAAAUUUAUAACAACGUUUCGAAUUUAGUAACGUGUGACCAUCAAAGCUUAAAUGAAAUUCUGACCGAGAUCGAAACUCUCGCAUUGACCCAAGUGGACAUUGAUUUUUUGAAAGAAUAUGCCAUCAUUUUGGAACCAAUUGCAACGGCCAUUGAGUACUUGCAGAAAAAUAAUUGCUAUUAUGCAACGCUAUUGCCAAUGGUUUACAGCAUGAAGGACAAUCUGAUGGAUGUGAAUAACCGAGGGCAGAUUCAGUUGUGUCAACCACUUUUGGCAGCUAUUUUGAAUGGAGUCGACCAACACUUUGACCAUUUAUUCGAUUUUAGCAGCGAGAAAAGUGCACCGGCUAUCAUAGCCACCUGUACACAUCCGUUUUUUAAGAUGCGAUGGUUAAAAGGAGACCUGAAAACGCCGACAAACACCAAUCAAAUAUUGGACUUACUCGUUAAAGCAGCUAAAAAAUAUGAUGGCGAUACGAAAAAGGAAAAUGAAGUACAAGGAACUUCAGCUAGAGAUGAGCAAAAACCACCGGAGAAAAAGUUCAAGUUCAGUUUUGACACCUCGUUAAAUGAGGAGACGACCGAUGAAACAAUGAUACAGAUGGAUUUCAUGUCAUUUCUCAAGAAACCAUGUCAAAAUGACGAAACCAAUCUGGAAGAACUAAAAUUGCAUCCAUGGGUGCAAAAGCUAUUCAUGAGAUAUAAUUCAAUUAUAUCAUCCACUGCAGCGCUGGAACGCUCAGUUCCAUUAUCAGGUAUGGAAAAUAACAUUAUUGAAGGAAGCAAAUCGAUAUACAAAAUUUUAUUGAAGAGAAAAAUUAGCAUCAAGAAAUAUUUUGAAAAAAUUCACUUGAAUAUUUAAAUUUUCAUAUGAGCUCGUGAUUCAAUGGAGAAUUGACUUUUCAUGCGAGUGAAAAAAAAAAGUAGUUCCACUGAGUGAAAAUCAGUCAGAAUGAGUAAAACGAUAGAACCACUCACAAUGAACGAGUCACUCAUUGAAUGACCGAAUUGUUCAUCUCAGUUCUUCUAAAGAAAAAACAAUUCUAGAUCAUUACCUUGUCAUCGACAUUUUUAUAGAAACACUCAACAGACAAAAAAUCAGACAAUGUGCCUGGAAAAAUAUGUUUAAAAUGCUUGAACACAUUUUUUCAAAUUGGUAUUUUUCCCUCUGAAAAAUCCAUUUUCCGGCAAAAAAUUGAAAAAACUGUAUUUUUCUUUCACUUUUUUUCAGAUUUGAUCCGCAAAUCGCAGUCGGCAUGCUACACCGAUGAGAUAUUCAGUAAAUUCGGACUACUUCGAGCUAAGAAACUAUUGAAUUGAAUUUUUUCUUAAUAAUUUCAAAUUAUCACAUAUUGGGAGAUGAUACAAAUUUUUAGCUUAAGCUUAAAAUCGAAUGACAUUUAACAUACGCACAAAAAACCAUAGUUUUAGGCGAGAAAUUAAAUUAUUGGUUAAUGAUAGGUGUGAAAAUGAAAAGGGAUUUUGUGUUUUAAUUCGUAGCCCCGUUGCUUGGCUUGGAAAAAGAAAUUCCUACAGAAAUCAAAAAUUCUUCAAUAACAACAAACUAUUUUGAAAUUCAUUAUAAA